AUGGCGAAACAGAAGUCCACAGGUUACACGCCCUACGAGCUGCUAACUGGGAGACAGUUUCCGGCACCUUGGACGGUGGUCUCGGUGGAGCAGGAGACGAGGGGGAACAGGUCCCACGCAGACUACUGGAACGAGGUAAAAGCACUUGUGUCCAGUUUCACCAAACAGGUGGCGUGUGACAGGCCCAAGGGGGAAGGAGAGGUCCCGGACGCAAAGGCGGUGUGGCUGAAAGUCAUUAAGCGCAAGUGGAAGGAACCCCGCUGGACGGGUCCAUAUGAAGUAACGGCCCGGACAGCUAUAGCGGUCCAACUGAAAGGGAAAGGCGACACCUGGUACCACUGGUCGCAGUGCGCAGCGGCACACGAGAGCUUGGUGGGGGAAAAUCCACCUCCACCCAUCACAGGUUUGCUGGAAAAGGUAAUUAUGAGGGCGGUGGACCCUCCGAUGUCCAUGAUGCCGUCUGCUUGGGUGUUGGAAGACCAGCUUAUCUUCUGUCUCACUGUCUCUUUGGACAAGCUGCCAGUCAGUACACGUAAAGCCAAGAUUGUAGUCACUGUGUGGAAGCAGAUGGAGGAAAAUGCAGAAUUAAGGGAGCUUGGCUACCUGACUCUGCUGCAGUUUAGGAGUCCAACCUGCACCUUCAGACAAGAUCUUAGCACCUUCAAGACACAAGUCAGCACUACUCUGGAUGUUCUUCCACCUCCCAGUGUCCAGUGUAGACAGAUGACUGUUUCUGGAAAACAUCUGACCGUCCUCAAGGUGAUGAACUGCAGCUCACAGGACAGAAUGUGUGUCAAAGAUGUGAAGAUUCUUCCAAACUAUAACUCGUCUUACCUUCCCAUGAUGCCUGAUGGCUCAGUUCUCGUAGUCGACGACGUCUGCCACCAGUCAGCGGAGAUCACCAUGGCUUCAUUCUGUCGGAUAGACAACAAAUCAUCACAUCUACCUUGUAUGCUCAGUGCCCUGGAGGAGCAGACCUUCAUUUUUCAGCUGCAGCUACAAGAGAAAGAAGAACAGCAAUCCAGCAAGGGUACAUCAUCUAGCAGACCUUCAGAGAGUACUUCACGUAAUCUUGGUAACUGAAUACGGAGGGUCCAAAUUUAAAGCUUCACCGUGACCUUUCAGAUGCAUCUCUACUUGUUACUCGAUACCCAGUGUUCACUUAAAUCGUCCAGAGUUGGUGAUGAUGGCGUCCUGCCCAAGGACCGUCAGGCCUCAACAACACUUCUGGGUGAAAUACACACUGCUCAACAAUUUGCAAGAUUUCCUUGCUGCUCGUCUGAUCUGGAAUUCAGAGGGAGGAAGUCAGGAUCCCAGUGUGGGAGCGGUUGUGUGCCAGUCUCCACUCAACAACCUGGGCCAGUGUAAGAAAGGCUCCAUACUGUCCUUCACUGUGGCCUUCCAGAUUCUCAAAACUGGGAUUUUUGAGCUGAGCCAGCAUAUGACGUUUACAGCUUCUGUGCCCGCACCGCCCACGGAGCCUCAGUCACCUUUGAAAAACACCUUCGGAGGACAUAGCCUGAGCCGAUUAAAGAGCUUCCCCCACCACCAGCCAUUUUGGUCAGUAAAUCUCAGGUAUGGAGGGUCAUUGUACAUGACUGCUUCUCAAACUGUGGGGCAUUGAGAUACUUCCACUGGGGUGUGGGUGACUGGGA